AUGUCUGCCGCCCUCAUACAGCAGAUUCAACCUCUCGAAUGGGACGCAAAGCGUAAGGAACCAUUCCUACGCCUCCCUGCGCCGCUCUCGCAUAUCAUCGUCACUCCACCGCGCUGGUCUGACGCCGAGGCUUCAAUCGAGCCUCUUAACGACCCCAGAGUCUUCAACGGCUUUCAAAACCCACCGUGGCCUAUGACUAUAGAUGCUGCUACGUCGUGGAGCACUAAACUCAUGGGCGAAUGGGACGAGCAUCUGAGGCAGCUUGAGGCAGCAGCAGUGAAUGCCAGCGCCGGCGCGCCCCUCGCUACGUUCGGAUUUUGCCCGGUGAGAUCUAUAAGGGAUGCGAGCACCGAGGAACAGAAGUACAUUGGCGAUCUUGGUCUCACGAGGACAACUUUCGAAUGGGAGGCUGACAAUGAGCCGGAGCGUCAGAAGCUCAUUGAGGCUAAUAAUACGCUGGAUGCGGGAGAUCCUGCUAUUGUGUGGACUGUCGGCGACUGGGUUCACGCGGACUAUCAUCGUCAAGGUAUCAUGAGCGCCGUCGCGAAAGGCAUCAUCACGCUAUGGGCCAUCCCACGCAUGAACGCCAGGCGCAUCAUGCCAUCCACAUUUGAGGCCAACAUCGGCAGCGCGAAAGUGUUCACGAAGAUGGGCUUCAAGCACUACAAGUAUGUGCCACACAUCGCGCAAGUGAAAGCGCGCGGGGACUUUCCGGCCGAGAAGCGGUCCAUCAAUGUUUGGGAGUUGAAGAUUGACGACGAUGGUAACAUCGAGGUAUAA